AUGUUGAAGAUAUGGAAGAGAUUGGAAACAAGUGUUGAGACAAUUGAUAAGACAUUAGAAGACGGAUCUCAACAUUUGAUCCAAAGGCCAACAAUUAGUAAAGACUUAACCGAUGCGACCAUUGAUGACAACAAAUAUCUGGACAAUCAUUAUAAGGACAUCCAUAACAAUACCCUUCCCUAUCAGUGCGAUCAGUGCCCCAAAGCUUAUAAAGAUUUUAGUGGAUUCACUGAACAUAAGCGCACUCAACAUACCAGUGCACCGACAUAUCCCUGUCCUUAUGAGGGCUGUAGUCAAAUGUUUCGCAAGGUAUAUCACGUUAAGAAACACCGAGAGUUAGUCCAUGGGUUAAAACCUACAAUGCAUGGCUGCUGUUGGCCGGGCUGUUCGUAUAGUACCCGAGAUAAUGACCGUUUGAAACUACAUGUAAACGCCUGUCACACGAAUGUGCGACCAUUUGUGUGCGAAUGGCCUGAUUGUGGCAAACGGUUUAUCACUCAAACCAAACUAAAUCAACACAGAAAUAUGCAUUUGAAAGUCAAACCUGGACAGCAAUUCUGUAGCUCAGGAACAGCUGACUAUAUCUUCAAUUUCAUUGACAAAGACUUCUAUCCCAACGGAAUCCUCAUUAAAACCAAUGGACAGAGCGUUGUAUUCAAUGACGAUCUCUUUGACACCAGUUUUACUGAUUUGCCAAAACUUUUGCAAAAAAAUGAUUACGUGUCCGGGUGUGGCAUUAAAGUGAUCCCUAAAUGUAAGGGAAGUGGUGAAUAUGUUUGCAGGAAUAACGAUAAGGCAAUUGGUCUCCAGAUUCUUGUGACAUCAGAUUCAAAAGGAUCGCGAAGUCUUGUAUUUGAACGACAUAUGAAACCCGUGGCCGAUGCAGACCUACCCUUUCAUGUGAACGAUGGACGAAAGGUUGCAUUUAUUUCACGUCAAUGGUAUGAUGACCUGGGUCAGUGCGCCUUCCUGUCCACUAGAUUUGAGCUCAUAUAUGCCACAAACAAAUCGCAACAAAUCUAUUGGGUUUUUAUGAAUGACACCACAGUUGGUCCCAAAUGGAAACAAAUGGAUGUCCCGGAUAUACGGCUGAACUCCAUGUUUGAGCUCAAAGGGGAACUCUCUGGAACCGCGGACUAUAUCUUCAAUUUCAUUGACAAAGACUUCUAUCCCAACGGAAUCCUCAUUAAAACCAAUGGACAGAGCGUUGUGUUCAAUGACGAUCUCUUUGGCAUCAGUUUUACUGAUUUACCAAAAGUUUUGCAAAAAAAUGAUUACGUGUCCGGCUGUGGCAUUAAAGUGAUCCCAAAGUGUAGGGGAACGGCUGAGACAAAGAAUCAAUGUCUGAAUAACGAUAAGUCCAUUGGCCUCCAGAUUCUGGUGACCAGAUAUCCAAAUGGAUCCCGAAAGCAUGAAUUCCAACGAAAUGGUCGACCGGUGCCCGACGCAGACUUACCCUGGGAUAUGGGUCGGUGCGCCUAUCUGUCCACUAGGCAUGAGCUCAUAUAUGCCACGAAGAAUUGGCAACAAAUCUAUUGGUUUCUAUUGAGUGAAACCAAUCGUAAGUGGAGACACAUGUCUGUCCCAAAUGUACGGCUGAACUCCAUGUUUGAGCUGAAGGGAGAGGUGUAUGCGGUGGGCAGACAG